AACAUCGAAUUUCGAACCGAUGUUAUCGAUGUUUCAAAAAUAUCGAUGCAUCGUUUGCACAUCUACUUGGAAAAACCUUCGUUUUUGUAUCAUCAAAUGAGCUGAUUCCUUUGGAGUACCACCAGUCAAUAGUAAACUCAAAAGAUCAUCGUAAAACUAAGGCUAAAAUGUCUGAAACGGUUGAUGGAGAUAGUAAAGUUCAAGAAAUGGAUGCACUAGAGCGUUCGACACGUACGGAAAUUACGCGCUGUCUGUCCGAUGAACUAGAUGGUGCUAAGCAAGGAUCAACAAAUUGUAUUCCAGUUGAAGAUAAGACUUCAGAAGCUGCACGUAGGCAAAAACAAAUUAUACAACCCAUACAACCCGAAUUAGGACGACCACCAAAGCGCAAGGUUAUUUGUACGACGCCUGCAACAUUAAAUAAUGAUUCUAUUCCGGAUAAUUAUAGGAUAGAUUUUAAGAAUCCAAAGGCAGAAACUAAAUCAGAACAAAACGUCGAUGAUCCAUCUCCCACUGAAGCAAAUGAUGAAACACAUGAGUUAGACGAGCUGGGGGAUGAACUUAAAUCGCAAGAAGGUCAGGAUAUGCCAUUAUUGAAGGUCAUGACUAUUAAAGCUACAGAUUCUUCUCAAUCGGCCGUUCUUAACUGCUCACAUUGUAAUUUCCAAACAAGUGAACAAUACAUGUUAUCUCGCCAUAUGAAAUCUCAUUCCGACGAUUGUUCUCACGCUUGUUCAAUAUGUGGUCGUGUCUUCAAGAACAAAAACAAAUUACAGGAUCAUAUGAAUGCACAUCAGAGAAAUAAGCCAUUUGCGUGCUUGUCGUGUGACAGUCGCUUUAUCAGAUCUGGAGACUUGGCCAGGCACGUUCGAUACAAGCAUAGUUUUGCAAAGCGUCAUGAGUGUAGUGAAUGUGACUAUUCUUCCGUAGAAAUCAGUAAGUUACAGCGUCAUAUGCGUUCGCACACUGGUGAACGUCCACACAAGUGUCCUCAUUGCAGCUACGCCUCGCCAGACAACUUUAAACUGCAACGACAUUUGCGCACACACACUGGUGAGAGACCCUACGAAUGUGAUAUGUGUCAUGCGCGGUUCGCGCAGUCCAACACACUUAAGUGUCAUAAACUUAUACACAACGUGGACGACAGACCUGUCUUCUACUGUGCAUUAUGUCCAACUACCUGCGGUCUUAAAGCGGUCCUGCGGAGACACGUAAAAAAGCAGCACUAUUCUGAAACGCCAAUUGUAUGCAGCAGGUGCGGCAAGAAUUUUCCCGAUCGGUAUAGUUACAAGAUGCAUAAAAAAACUCAUGGAGGAGAACGUCGCAGGGCUAAAAACAAUGAGGAAUGCGGCGUAAUCGAGGAAAUAGAAGAAUCAGAAGACGACUCGACUCUCGAAACAUUAGAGCCCACUAUUAGCAAAGCACAAAACGUUAAGAAUGGCAUAAUGGUGAAGCCAAAACAGGAGCAAACAAAAGAAAAUCAGUAUGACAUUAAAAUAGAAGCCGACCUAGCUAUCGAAACGUUGGAGCCCACUACUAGCAAAGCUCAUAACUUUGAGAAUGGUAUAAUGGUGCAGCCAAAACAGAAGCAAGUAAAAGAAAAUCAGUAUGGUAUUAAAAUAGAAGACGACUUAACUAUCGAAACAUUGGAGCCCACCACUAGCAAAGCAUACACCGUUAAGAAUGGCAUAAUGGCGCAACUAAACCAGGAGCAAUUAAAAGAAAAUGAUUAUGGUAUUAAAAUAGAAAAUGAAUUUCAAGCAAUAGAUGAGAAUGACUAGAGCGGUUUGCCUGGGUAUAUGGUAGUAAAAUUUACUUUAACUUUUUUUUGGGGGAAACGUGAAACCCAUAGGUGAAAUACAAAAACAGAAAGAAA